GUAAUUGUCUACCAUUACCACGGCCGUCCCGAACGAUGUUGACUGUUUUCAGUCCACUUUGUUGAACGAACACGUUCGAACGUUCGAUCGACCUUUGGUUUCCUCUUUGUUCUUAUGAUCGCGACGAUGUCUCGCCGUUAAUCAUCACCAUCGUCAUUCCACAACUACCGCUCCAUCGCCUGACCACUGCCGUUUCGAUUUACAAACCGGAAGUCGAGAAAAACCCGUGCCAUGAUGAAUCAUUUUCACUGCGUUCUCGUGGUGCUCGCCAUCAAUUUGGUGUAUUCUCAAAGAACACCAACAAUAUCACAUAUCACCCAAAAACCUAUUAAAGAUAUUGGUGGUACUGCAGAAUUAACAUGUUCAGUUUUACAUGCUAUGGAUUUCCCUGUUUUAUGGGUUAAGGUCGAUAGAGAAAAAGUUACCGAACCUGUUAUUCUUUCAACUGGAAGCACACUUAUAAUCAAAGAUUCAAGAUUUUCUUUGCGACAAGACAUCGACAGCACUAGUUAUACAUUACAGAUUAAAGAUAUUCAAGAAACUGAUGCUGGUUUCUAUCGGUGUCAAGUUUUGAUUGGAUUGAACAAUAAAAUAUCUGCAGAAGUAGAGUUAGAAGUACGCCGACCUGCAAUCAUUUCUGAUAACUCAACUAGAUCAUUGGUUGUGAAUGAGGGUCAACCAGUGAAACUAGAAUGUUAUGCUGGUGGUUUUCCCAUUCCAAGAGUUUCGUGGAGACGAGAAAACAAUGCAAUUUUACCUACAGGUGGUUCAAUAUACAGAGGAAACAUUUUAAAAAUAGCUACUAUAACAAAAGAAGAUCGUGGAACAUAUUAUUGUGUUGCUGAAAAUGGUGUUGGCAAAGGUGCUCGGCGUAAUAUUGCCGUGGAAGUAGAAUUUGCUCCAGUCAUAAAUGUUCCCAAACCUCGUCUUGGACAAGCUCUGCAGUAUGACAUGGAUCUUGAAUGUCACGUUGAAGCAUAUCCUCCUCCAGCUAUUGUUUGGAUAAAUAAUGGAGUUCAAUUAACCAACAAUCAACAUUACAGGAUAUCACAUUUUGCUACUGCAGAUGAAUUUACAGACACCACAAUACGUGUAAUUACAAUUGAAAAACGUCAGUAUGGUGAAUAUAUCUGCAAAGCUUCCAAUGUCUUGGGAACCACUGAAGCUACUGUUUAUCUUUAUGAAACAAUCAUACCGGUAUGUCCACCAGCUUGUGGUCAACAAUUCUCGCACUUAAAAAGCUCCAGCAUUAAAGCUGCUAGUGUUAAUCUUACAUUCUUAAUUUCUGCAUAUUUAUAUUAUGUUUGUCUGUAUGUUUAAUUUUUUUUAUGUUCAAAAUCACUUUAAUACCAUAUUUAAAUGCUAUAAGUUGAAAUCUUUCCUUUAUAAAUGAAGAAGCUUUUAAUUUUACUCUCUGAAACCAUAGGUUAUUAUUUCCAAAAUUAAAAUAAUAAUAACAUAUUGCUUAUUUUAGAUUAAGAAUCCUGACUAUAUAAAAAGUUUAUAUUAUUUUAUUUAGAAUUUGUUUACUUAGAACUAAGAAAACUCGUUUGUGAUUGAUUUAUAAUUUACAUUUAUUUACAUACCUGUAUUUUUAAAUUAUUAUUCCGUCCAAAAACAUUUUAAUAUUUUACCUAUAAGGUCUAACUAUUAAAGUGUUGAUUAGUUUUUUCAUAGAAAUAUAUUUUAGUUAUAGGUUAAUUUUUUCAAAUUAAAAAAAAUAAUAAGAUACUGAUUUUAGGAGUAAAAAUUUGUAUUGUAAAGUGAAAAAGUUUAUAUAUAUUUUUUAUAGCAUCUAGCUUAUUUAGAUCUGAGAAAACUUAUUUUGAAUUGCUAAACAUAUAUUUUUGUUCAUCUGUAUUUUUAUAUUAUUCCGUCAAAGAAAAUUUUAAUAUUGUACCUAUAAUGUCCAACCAUUAAAGUUUCAACUAGUUUUUAUGUUUAAGUAUAAUAUUUAUUAUAUUUAGAAUAAUUGUUUUAGAUUAAAAAAAUAAUAAGAUGCUGGUGGAAGGUUAAAAAACUGAUAUCGUAACAACUAUUAAUAACUAUAGUAAUUAACUAUUGUUAAUAACUAAUAAAAUAUUUAAAAAAUUUAUAGCAACUAGAAUUUUAAGUUAUGAGCACUUAUUUAUAUUUACUACAUGUAUUUUUAGAUUAUUCCGUCCCAGAACACAUCAUAUUGCACCUAUAAGGUGAAACCAUUUAAUGUGUCAAUUAGUUUUUAUGUAGAAGUAUACUUAAAUUAUAGAAUAAUUGAAAUAAUUAUAAGAUGAUUGUACUAGCUUAAUAAGUAAUUAGAGGUUAAUAAGAAAUAUAGUAACCAUUUCCGUCCAA